AAACACAAAUGAAUGUUUUCUCCACCCGAGAAGCAAUAAUUUAUCUGAACGUAGUCCAUUCUGAAUUGUAUUGUUAUGUGUUUGUUUCUUUAUACAGUGCAUGAUGGUUGAGUAUUGAUGUUCAUGUAAAAUGGUAGUGGAGGUGGAAAGCUUUUUUGGGGUGUACAUGCUGUAUUGCACAAACCCCAAAUUCAAGGGUCGCAUCUACAUUGGGUUUACUGUAAACCCAGAGCGACGGAUAGGACAACAUAAUGCUGGGAGGCACCGUGGAGGAGCAAAGAAGACCAGCGGAAGGGGACCAUGGGAAAUGGUUCUCAUCAUACAUGGCUUCCCAUCGGACAUAGCAGCUUUAAGGUUUGAGUGGGCAUGGCAACACCCCCACUUCUCUCGCCGCCUCUCCCAUGUUUCUCGGCGGUCCAGGAAGGAGUCCAGCCUGCAGUUCCACUGGCGUGUUGUCUCCAUCAUGCUCCAGGUGGCCCCGUGGUGCCGCCUUCCCCUGACCGCCCGCUGGCUCAAACAGGAGUACAGGAUGGACUUCGAACCGGGCCUCCAGCCACCCCUACACAUCCCAGUGGCCUUCGGUAGUGUGCGGGCUAAGAAAAGCCAACAGCAGCAAGCCCAUCAACCUGCGGAGGAGGAAGCAGGGAGAUGCUUGCUGUGUCGAAGCUGUGUCAAGUCUGCAGAUAAGCUGAGCUGCUUCAACCCGACGUGUCGGACAACUUAUCAUCUGAUUUGUCUCGCCAAGCACUUCCUGAAGUCGGAGCCCACUCACAUGCUUCCUGUUGAAGGGGAAUGUCCUGGUUGCCAUCAUUCCAUACUAUGGGGAAGCUUGAUUCGGCACAAGAUAGGUUGCUAUGGAGACCUAGAGGAGAUCCCUUUAUCCUCAUCCCAGAGCCACUGGGCAGAUGGACUGCAGGUCUGCAAUGAGCUGAGCCCAGUUCCUUUGCACUGAUAGAGGCACUCAGAGGUUAAGUAUUAUAGUGCUGCCUUUUUAAUGUAUUUUAUGAUGUGUAAUGUCAAUUUCCAAAAUACUGUUUAAGCAUUAUUUUUUUUAACAUCAACUCUCAUUCUCAUAUUUCUCAUUCAGUAUACUGAAUGUAUCAGGUCUGCUUCUAAUAAAUGUGUGAUUUAUAUGUACUGUGUUAAAUUAUGUAUUUCUUCUAUUUAUGUAUAAAACAAAUCAAUAUUUCCCUUUAAACUUUGAAGUAUAUUGCAUUGAAAGACUUAACUGUUAAAAUGAAAACGACUGCAAACAUGUGUAUGUAUUAUAUGUAUUUUUAUGUAAUAAACAAACAUU